AUAAAAUAAAAGAAGUCACGGUCGUCUCUGCGCUUCCGGUACACAAAAAACACCAAUUCUCUCUCUCUCUCUAGGGUUUCAACGCUGGCUCUAUUCGUAUAGGAGCUUGAUCAAUCUCAUCUGAAUCUCUCACUUGGAUCUGAAGAAUGGUGAGAGGAUUGCUAAAAAAACUCACCUCUCAGUCUCUCUCCGUCGCCGGAAAAUGGCAGCAACAGCAGCUCCGGCGUCUCAACAUCCACGAAUAUCAGGGAGCAGAGUUGAUGAGCAAACAUGGAGUAAAUGUUCCGAAAGGUGUAGCCGUUUCUUCCGUUGAGGAAGUGAGAAAGGCUAUUCAGAAUGUAUUUCCAAAUGAAAAUGAGUUGGUGGUUAAGAGCCAAAUUCUUGCUGGUGGACGAGGCUUGGGAACUUUCAAAAGUGGUCUCAAGGGUGGAGUUCACAUUGUUAAGGCUGAUCAGGUUGAAGACAUAGCUGGGAAGAUGCUUGGUGAAAUACUUGUUACCAAACAAACUGGGCCCCAAGGAAAAAUUGUCAGCAAGGUUUACUUGUGUGAAAAGCUGUCACUUGUCAAUGAGAUGUACUUUGCUAUCACUCUUGAUCGUGCUAGUGCUGGUCCUCUUAUAAUUGCCUGUCGCAAGGGAGGAACUAGUAUUGAAGACCUUGCAGAGAAAUUCCCUGACAUGAUUAUUAAGGUACCUAUCGAUGUUUUCACAGGAAUUACUGAUGAAGAUGCUGCCAAAGUUGUAGAUGGUUUGGCUCCAAAAGUGGCUGACAGAAAUGCCUCAAUUGAACAAGUGAAGAAAUUAUAUAAACUUUUCUGUGAAUGUGAUUGCACACAGUUGGAAAUCAAUCCCAUUGCAGAGACUUCCGAUAACCAGUUGGUAGCUGCUGAUGCAAAGCUGAACUUCGAUGAUAAUGCUGCUUUCCGUCGGAAAGAGAUAUUUGCUCUCCGUGAUCCAUCGCAGGAGGAUCCUCGUGAGGUUGCUGCCUCGAAGGCGGAUUUGAAUUAUAUCGGCUUGGAUGGAGAAAUUGGUUGCAUGGUGAAUGGUGCUGGAUUAGCAAUGGCUACAAUGGAUAUAAUUAAGUUGCAUGGAGGAACUCCUGCCAAUUUUCUAGACGUUGGUGGGAAUGCUUCUGAGAACCAGGUUGUGGAGGCUUUUAAAAUAUUGACAUCUGAUGAUAAGGUGAAAGCAAUUUUGGUCAAUAUUUUUGGAGGAAUAAUGAAGUGUGAUGUAAUAGCUAGUGGAAUUGUCAAUGCUGCUAAGACGGUUUCUUUAAAAGUACCAGUAGUUGUUCGUCUAGAAGGGACUAAUGUUGAUCAAGGAAAGAGGAUUUUGAAGGAAAGUGGUAUGGCAUUAAUAACGGCAGAAGAUCUGGAUGAUGCGGCUGAAAAGGCAGUUAAAGCAAUUUCUGUGUAGUUCUGCGAAUUUAAAAUUGAUGUGAAGCAACCAGCGAUGAGAGCUGUUUUGUUGCCAAAACAUUAAUAAGGCUGGCUGUUAUCCAGUGAGGAGAGUUUCUUUCUUCUUUCUCAUGUGUACUUUUGUUUCUUUGGCUACAUUGCCUUCGGAGAAGCCAAGGUAUGAUUGUCCUUUUCUCGGAAAAGUAAUCAUCAAUACUGUCUUGGCUGAUUUUGCAA